AUGAAAUUUAUUCUUGCUUUUGUUGCAUUCUUUGGAAUUAUUUGUACUGCUCUUGGAGCCAUGACAUCAUGUGGAAUUUGUUGUCACAUCGUUGGACAUGCUGAAAGACAUUUCCACCAAAAAACUCCAGAAAACAGAUUACUUCAUGAGCUUACACGUGAAUGUUUAAGAUUAGGACACAUUAAUCAACAGGAUGGUCAAAUCUGCCUUCAACAAGUACAUAAAAUGAUUGACACCAUCUACAAAGACUUUGAAGCCGGUAAAACUCCAAUCCAAGUUUGUAAUGAUAUGGGAGAUUGUACUGCUACCGAUGUAUGUAGUGCCCGAGUUUUUACAACUUCAGCUCCACUUUAA